AGCAGACACAAAGAUUCUUCUAUGAGGAGGGGAGGUUAGGAUGAGGAGACGGACAGGAGAGGAGCCUAUGCCUGAGGGAGAGCGUAUACAGGCAGAGAAGGAGCUUCAGGCGAGAUUGUUGUCUGAUGCCUCAGUGCAAGAGUUGGGGAGACUCACGCAGACUGAGGUUGCACGAGGAGAGGUGCUUCAGGCCGCCGUACGGAGGAUCGGUGCUCUGGAGCAGGAGAACAAAGGAUUGAGGGACACGGUACGUGGCCUCGUCACCAGCGCAGAGCAGGCAAGACAGACUACCUCGAGACUCGAGCAGAGGGUUACUGAUCUAGAGGAGAGUCGGAGGAGUCAGGCCACGACAGAUGUGGUCGACGAGAGGAGGACUGAGGAGCAAUAGAUUCCUAUCAGACAGGCUCACGUCUCUCAUGAGGUAGAGUCAGGUGGAGUGAGGUUAGACAUCCCUCGGCGAGAUUCGCGGACAGAG